CAUCGGUGAUUAUUAAAAACACCCAAAAUUUGGCGGGGAAAUUUGAUGAUUUUGAUUCAUUUACUAUUUAGAGUUUGUUGACCGACAUACAAUGUACCAGAUAUAACUUAAAUAAAAAACAUGGCGGAAUUUGACAAUUUUAAAGAAGAUCUUAACAAAACAUUUCCAUGCAGACAAUCACAGAUUAAUUUGUUGAUGUCAUUGUUUGGACAGAGACAUCAGUAUACAUAUGCCAGUUUGUUCAUCUAUGGACACACAGGUACAGGAAAGACAGCAGUCACUACUAACAUUCUUAAUCAUUUAAAGUUGCCUCAUGUUUUGGUAAACUGUGUUGAGUGUUACAGUUCCAGAUUUCUAUAUGAGAUGAUACUAAACAGUCUCCAUGGAAACAGUGUCACAGAAUCAUCUGAUUUAGUGAAGUGUGAUAAUAUGAAUGAUUUCGUUAGAAUGUUUAAGCAGGUCUCAGAAGAAAAGGGGAUUGACAAAGAAACUAUCUACAUUGUAUUAGACAAAGCAGAAAGACUUAGAGAAAUGGAAAUGAAUAUCCUGCCUGCAUUUCUCAGGUUACAAGAACUGACUCAGCAAAAUGUUUGUGUUAUUUUAUUGUCAGAGAUAGUUUGGGAGAAAUUCAGAACAGGGUCAGGCUACUGUGAACCAUUUGUUCUUCAUUUUUCUGACUACACAAAUGACCAACUUAUAGAAAUAAUGAUGCUUGAUCAUCCAACUGAAUAUGAUGAGAAUUUCUACAGAAUGUAUCUAAACCUAGUUCUGAGUGUGUUUCAGAUGGUGUGCAGAAAUUUGAAGGAGCUACAUCAUUUGGCAAGGUUGAAUUUUCAAAGGUAUGCUGAGCCAGUGAAGACAGGUGAAGCAACUGCUGAAGAUACUAGAAAAUUGUGGAAGAAUAUUGAACCUCAUCUUAAAAAGGCAUUACAGACUGUUUACCUUAGAGAAGUAUCGAGUUCACAGUGGGAGAAAAUGCAGCAGUCAAUAGAAGCUGGACAACCCCCUGCUUUGCAAGGGCUGUCAUCCAGAUCACAUGUAGAGUUACCAUACUACUCCAAGUUUCUACUGAUAGCAGCUUAUCUAGCAUCAUAUAACCCAGCUAAAACUGACAAGAGAUUCUUUGCCAAGCAUGCUGGAAAAAUGAGUAAGCAGUCAAAACUACUUAAGAAACAUGAAAGGGCCAGUAACCAUAUGCUUGGACCAAAACCAUUUGCUCUAGACAGAAUGAUGGCUAUAUUUUAUUCUGUUGUAGAAGGCAGAGUAGCUCCUACAGCAAAUAUAUUCAUGCAGAUAUCAUCUUUAGUUAGUUUGAAUUUAUUAGGACAUGUUGCAAGUGAUGAUCAGAUUGAUUCACCAAAAUAUAAGUGUCUUGUCUCCUUAGACUUUAUAAAAUCUGUUUCAAGGACAGUGAACUUUGAGGUAAUGAGGUACUUGUUUGACUUUGUAUGAAGAUGUCUGUUAAGUAGAGACUUUACUGUGAUAACAAAUCUGCAGAAUUAUUACGCACUCAAAUCAGUUACGUGAAUUGCCAGUUUUUGAGAAAUUAAAUUAAAUCAGUGAUGGUUUUCUCAGAAUGCAGAGUUAGUGGAAAAACUGUUUUGUUACUUGUGAAAAUUACAGUUGCACAUUUUUAAAUGUAGAGACUAUUUUGUGCAUAAUGUGAAUCUGUGAAAUAAAUCAAAUAAGUAAAUAUUA